UCUUCCUGGAUAAAGGUUCCUACAUGUGAUCUGUGCUUCACUGAUAGACACACAUACACUCACACACACUCUCACACUGCACCAGCACUGGACUUACAGCACCAUGGAUCUCCUCAGACCCUCACCCUGCAUAAGACCAGUGUGGAGAGCCCCUUUCUGGGUAGCCUGCAUGGCUCUGAUGUUUAGUGGCCUGCAUGCCCUCAUUCCAAAUGGACAAAAGAAUUUGGUCAGGACAACACUCCCCGUCCUCCCAGGAGUCCAAACCACACCGCUAACCACAAUAAGUGGCAGCUUUGAAGCAUCGUCAUCUGGUGACAGCCUUAUACAGUCAUCAUUUCCUUGUGGGAAUGUAAGUUGUUAUAUUUAUUGUAAUAUUUGCGAGGAGGACCACCUGCCAAGGACUAGGUGCUACGAAGAUCUCAUACAAGGAAUUUGUAGCUUUCAGUUCAUGGAAGAAAUGAAAGCUAUGAACAGAUCUAGCUGGUGCGUGUGGGACGAAGUUAAAAGUCCCUACAACACACUGACCCAAUGUACAGAGAAUAUAGCAGACUGCCUACUACUUCCCUGGCCCAACAAGCUGGUAGAGCAGAUCUUUGUUGACAUACACACCUCCUACUUCCAGGAAUGCCCCACAGAGACACUGAGGGACCCUCCCCCCAAUGUUAUCUUUGCCCUCGUCAUGACGCCUAUAUGCUUGAUCCCGGCCAUGGUGGUCCUUGUGGUUCUAAAGACGAAAAAUGGGGACAGGCGGUCCUAAUGGGUGGGGUUCCUCUCAUUAGCUCAAUCAGUAACCUUGUUUCAACCUCCCACAAAUGUGCUGAGGAACCUGCGCCUAUGGAGGACUGGAGCUCAUUCAUUUUUCAGCAAAUUGGAAGCUCUUACUGUGUACCAAUGAUCUUGAGCCAAAAAUGGACCAAGGAUAGCCUGAGACAGGAUUAUGUCAGGCGUUAUGAUUAAAUGAUUACAUCUCCAUUCCAGCUGCAUAAAGGCUUCUUUGGAGUGAUUCCAAGUUUGGAUCCUUAAAUCUGUGGUUCUCAAAAUGGUUCUCGGGGAUCCCCCCAAACAGUCCAUAUGUUUGCUCUGCCUUCAUGCCUUGCAACUAAAGUUGGAGCAAAAAAUUUGGACCAUCUUAGAGUUCCUGAAAACCAGAGAACCACUGCCCUGAAAAUCCUUUUCAAUCUAACCUAUAUUUGCUGCAUUUUUGGACAUACAGUCAAUUUAGGCAGUAGUUCAGAUAUUUUUCUCCAAAAACUGAAAACCUUUGACUAUUAUAAAUGUAUUUUGCAUCAAUGACUUCAUGGGUUCCAUGUUGUUUCCUCUACAUACAGCAUCCCAAAUCUAUCAAAUUAUUGUCUAGGAUAAGUGACUGUACACUACAGAUGCAGACACUGGAGUAUUCCUUAAGGAACCAAAUUUAGGGAACUAAAGGUGAAUAUUCGUGACAUCUCUCCAUUGAACCCUGUUGACACCUUUAUUUUCAAUCUCGCAUUCAACCAGAUUGACCAAAGCCUCCAUUGUCCAUUAUUCUUAAAACUCAGCAUUUCCUCUUCUACAUUGUUUUGAGCCAAAGGAAAGAAAGCUGAUAAAGAUCAUUUAUUACAUCCAUGAUUUCUGUAACAUACCACAGACAGAUGUAACAAUCCUAUGCCGUAAUGAUAGAUGCAGUAUUCUUUCUUCUUGAUCAUGUGUUUUGCCAGCAAUAUCAAACACCUUGAGUUUUGCAUAGUUAACACAUUUGCUAGCUUUGUGUGCCGUGCUCACUAUUACAAAGGAAAAUCCGCUCUCAUUUGCUCACUUACAUAUGCAAAUGCUGAUAUUAAGUGGGACGGCCUGUGUGGUUUCAGGCCCAUAGAGACUCCACACGCAGCUCACUCUAUGUACUGUAACGUUUAUUUUCUCUAUCAAUAUUUUAUUGUAAAUUUGAAUGUCAGUCAUUUGACAAAAGCUAUCCAGCUAGCUUGAUAUGCUUAUACUGAAAACUUAAUGUGUAUUUCUAUUAUGACUCGAGUCAUAAAAACUGACUCAAAAUUAUGAUAUGACGACUAGGAGGGAAUUUUAUCCACACCUUUUCUUCAUAUUUGCCUCACCUAUGUGUGUGUGUGUGUAUAUAUAUAUAUAU